AUGCGCUCACGCGCGGUACAGACUUUUGGCGGCGGCUGGCUACCUCAGCAAGCCAUUGCGGCCAUUUCAGCAGACAGGGCUUUGCUUGGAAAAAAAGGAGUCACAUGGAGACUCGACAGACGGCGCUACGCCAGCUUCAAGGCGGGCGCUUUUUUUCUGAUUUGCGUCCACUUUGUGUAUCGCCCGCACGCCGGCCGAAAAAAAAACGUGAUCUGGCAGAAGGACGCAAACGACCAAAAAGAGAGGAGACCAAACGACGCGCGGGACCCAAUCCGCACCGAGCUAACGUUCGAUUGGAAGCAGCGACAUAGUAGGAGCCAGGACGGCUGGCCCGUCUCUUGUCGCCGCAGCAGACACAAAAGUCGCGGGUUUGAUAUAGUCCAUUGUGGCGUGCCAGCAGACGCGACGGACGCGAGCGGCCACGUCCGCGCGCGCUCAUUCGUUGAUUCCAACGCACGCCCCUCGCGGCGGCUCGUCUGCCCGCUUCAGCACUGCCGCUACUGCUACCGACACCCGCUUCACCUCCUUUUUGCGCCGUGCGUCCUCCUCGUCCAUUUUCCAAUUUGCGCUGACCGCACCAACCGCCGCGCGCUUGCUGCUGCUGUCGCAGUCGUCGCUGUCGCCGCCUUUUUCCUCGUUAUAAACACAAGGAAGAAGAGGAAACUAGGAGCUCUUCGGGCGCUGGUUGUUCGCCCGCCCGCCACGAUUUCUAGUCUGUGCCGUGACGCCGACCACGAGCCUGGCGAGCGCUGGGGAGCGCGUCUCGCUCGGCUCAGUCUUUUGCUCGUCGACUGCCUCGUGCGGCCGUUUCUCCUACCAUUGUCGUCGUCGUCGUCGUCGCUUCCUAUUGACACGCACUUCAAACGCAUUCUAGAGCCACCGCAGCAACAGCAGCAACAGCAACAGCAAUUGCCACGUCGGUCGUUGCUGACCAAGUCGCUCGUCACUGCUGCGUGUCAGUGUCUCCUCAUGGAUCCCACUGUCGUCCACGUGCGGGAUCGUACCUCGAGUCCGACCAACAGCAGCAGCGAGCCGUCGCCUUUAGCGGCCGAUUCGAAGCCCAAGCAGCUGCAACAGCAGCAAGUGAAGCACGACCCGUCGCUGCUCUCGUUUCCCGCCGUGCCUUUUUAUGUUGCGGAUCGCACGCAGCCCGACGAUGACGACGACGACUCGGGUUCUGAUCCGGACCCUGAUGAUCACGUAAGACACGACUUGCAGGAACAAGAGACAAGACGGAGACGGGAACAAGAGACAGGACGGACUGUGCAAAAAUCGGCCAAGAUCGACGAGCUCAACCCGACACUUGUACGCCGGUCCACUGGCUCUAUUGCUGUGAUGACGCGGCAACAGGAGGCCCUUGAUUACCGGAGACAUACGUUUAGUACCGUGUCCGCCGAGAGUCGGGCGAACAUGCGACGACGGAGCUACGACCUCUCGGCACGAGGGGACAACAAACUUGUCCUGCCACCGCCACUGUCUCCACUGCAGCGCACGCUGCCGCCUUCGUUCAAGUCGCCGCCUCAUUUGCAGCAUUUGUGGGUCUAUGGCAAUCGCAAUGGCGCUGGUUCGAGUCAACACCGUCUGACUGAACGGCACGAAGCAGGGAGUGCGAUGAUUGUGCUGGCUUCACCUACAGCGGAUACAGUGUGGACUCGAGGCCAAGCCGUGGACGUGGAGUGGAAAGUCCUGGACUCGAAAGUCGCUGCCCUCCGGAUUGAGUUGCUGGAAGACGGACGCAAUGCGUCGACUUUGAUUGCAGCCAAGGCACCGAAUACGGGCUUUUUCACGUACCACAAGGUGCCGUGGGGCAUGGAGUCGGGGUCCAAGUAUUUCUUGCGCGUCUCAGCGGCUGAUAACGUCGAGCGGUACUGUACAAGUAGCUUCUUCAGUAUCAGUUCAGCCCCGUGA